GGGAGAGAGAGAGAGUGUGUGCACAGUGAGUUCGGGGGCCAGAAGGUGUGUGUGAGAAACUUGCUUCAGAAGGCUGAGCUCCGACGGACAGACAGGACGGGAACACCAAGAGGACCUCUGAAGUUCACACUCUUCCUUUCUGAACUUUUACUUUUUAAAAUCUUUUUCUCUUUUUGAACUCUUUCCAUUUUUCCUCUUUUUUUUUGUUUGAUAUUUUUCUCCAUCCUUUAUUCAUUUGACUGCAAGUUCCCCUCACUCACCGAAGCAGUCACAUGGACUAAAUUUCCUUCCUUCAAGACGCAACAAGAGAAAAAAAAUCUGGGAAAAAGAAAAACAGAAGAGAGAAGAGAAGAAAAGAGCUCCGCAGAAAGAAGAAACAACUUCAGCUUCGCAAACACACCCUCACCUGCAGUUGGAGAACAGAGAGGAAAACUUCCCACCUCCCUCUCACUCUCUCUCUCUCUCUCUCUCUCUUUCCCUCCUUUUCCCUCCUUCUCUCUCUCUCUCUCUCUCUCUCUCUGUUGCUCGCUGCAUAUGUAAACAGUAUCGUACAGACUUCAGUGGCCAGGGGGCAUUUCCCCAGAGAGCAGUUUGGUCGGCGGCUGUGGAGUGUGUGGUGUGUGUUUCGGCGGGCGGGCGGGUGGAGGUGGUGGCGUGAGGGUGUGUUUGGUCCUGGGCGCGGACGGCGUGGUGUGGUAUUUCUACGUACGUCUCUCUUUCUGCGCACUCGGGAGAACAUGAGGCUCUGAGGAGACGGAGCGGGGACGCGACUCGGACUUGGACUGCAUACCUGGACACGGCACACACUCACACAGUCACACACACAUACACAUACGCACACGCACACACACUUGCACUCCACUUACCUGAGAAAUCCAGCCACUUCUGAAAACUUUGCCUGUGCACACACGCACACACGCAAGAACACACACAAACACUCACACACACAAACACACAGAAGCAGGGACGCACACGCAAGCUCAGGAGGACACAGGCAAGGAAUCGAGCCAAAGAGUGACUCCUGUACAGCAGCUGACCUGAGAACCUGAAAGAGCUGAACACCUGAAAGUCAUCAUCCACAGGCCUAUAGAGAUGUUGCUGACGGUGUUGGUGGUGGUGCUGAUGCUGGGGGGAGGAGCGCUAGGCGGCGGCUACCCCCCUCCACAGAUGCCACAGAUGAAGUACAUGCAGCCCAUGAUGAAGGGACCCGUGGGACCACCUUUUAGAGAGGGCAAGGGCCAGUACCUGGAGUUCCCACCCAUGAUGGAGGUGAAAGGAGAGCCAGGACCACAGGGAAAGCCCGGUCCGAGAGGACCUGCCGGACCUCCAGGGUUACCGGGGAAACCAGGUCUUGGAAAACCAGGCCUGAAUGGCCAGCCUGGAGCUCCCGGUCCAUUGGGUCUCCCUGGUAUCGGGAAACCUGGAAUUCCAGGUCUGCCAGGCAAGAUCGGACCCAAGGGAAUGCCAGGAAAUAACGGCGAGUUGGGUCCCCGGGGCGAACCGGGAUUGAGGGGGCUGCCAGGCCAGCCUGGGCUUCCUGGUCCGGCAGGUCUGUCGCUGAACGGAAAACCUGGCGUUCCAGGAACGAGGGGACCCCCGGGAUCCAGAGGGGAUGCAGGGCCAAAGGGAGGUCGUGGGUUGCCUGGAGACCGCGGACUGAAAGGGGAGAACGGUAACGGCAAGCCAGGCCCAAUUGGGCCAAGAGGACCAGCUGGGCUGCAGGGGUUACCUGGUGCCCCAGGAGCUCCUGGGAUUGGGAAGCCAGGACUGACCGGCUUACCUGGGCCAAGCGGGCCAAAGGGGGAUCAGGGGCUACCUGGAGAGGGGGGCCUGCCAGGGCAGGAGGGCUUACCUGGUCCCCCAGGUGCACCCGGGCCAAGUGGCUUGGGGAAACCAGGAAUCGAUGGUCUUCCAGGUAUGCCCGGUCCAAAUGGACCGAAAGGUGAGCCCGGCUUAAGGGGCACACCUGGGUUUCCUGGUGCACCUGGUUAUGGCAAGCCUGGCCUGGCAGGGCCAAAGGGAGACAAGGGCCAUGGUGGCUUACCUGGAGCGCCAGGAGAAAGGGGAGAACCUGGAAUGGAUGGUGUACCUGGGGAGAGCGGUCCAAACGGACAGCCAGGACCUCCAGGAAUUCAAGGUCCAAUGGGUCUCUCAGGAAAACCCGGAAUGCCAGGCUUCAAAGGAGAGUUGGGUCCUCAGGGGCCGCCUGGGCUUCCCGGGCUGCGGGGUGAUCAGGGGCCUCCUGGGUUGUCGGGAAAGCCGGGGUUGCCUGGCGACAAAGGUCUACCUGGUCCUAACGGAGCAACGGGAAAGCCAGGCCCCAAGGGAGAAGGAGGCCACAUCGGAUUGCCCGGAAACCCAGGACUGACCGGCAAUCCUGGCCCUAAGGGAGAGAACGGAUUCUCGGGGAUUCCUGGCCCUCGUGGCCCGUCCGGAAUUCCAGGCACUCAAGGACCACCGGGCCACAUGGGCCCGCAGGGAAUUCCAGGAGUCAAAGGCGACAUAGGACCACCUGGACCACAGGGUCUGGGUAAAACAGGAGAUAAGGGCUUGCCAGGACCUCAGGGUCCCCCAGGAAAGCAAGGGAACCCCGGGCUGAACGGCAACCCCGGACUGCAAGGACCACCUGGCCCGCCUGGACCGCCAGGUCCCGGCCAGAACGGCCAGACCUCCAUCCAAGGCCUUGGCGAUAACAUCGGUGGUGGCGAAGUGCCUGACGGAAAACCGGCCAAGACUCAACUUGGACUCGCCCUCAUCCCUGGCGCUCUAGCCCCUGCAUUCACCGCGAUCCUGACCACCCCCUUCCCGCCCUCCGGCAUGCCCAUCAAGUUUGACCGCACACUCUACAAUGGCCAGAAUGCCUACAGCCCGGCCACUGGCAUGUUCAACGCUCCCGUGAGCGGCGUGUAUUACUUCGCCUACCACGUGCAUGUUAAAGGAACCAGCCUCUGGGUGGCGCUGUACAAGAACAAUGUGCCAGCCACAUACACCUAUGACGAGUACAAGAAGGGCUACAUGGACCAGGCAUCAGGCAGCGCAGUUCUGGAGCUGAAGGAGGGAGACCAAGUGUGGGUGCAGAUGCCUAGUGAUCAGGCCAACGGGCUCUACUCCACUGAGUACAUACACUCCUCCUUCUCAGGGUUCCUGCUAUGCCCCACAUAACCUCCUUCACAAACCCCCAUUUCCUUUGUCUCUCCUCCCUCUCUCAUUUCCCUCUCCCCAGCCUAUCAAACCUCUUUGUCAACAGUCCAUACUUUCUUCUCCCCCCUUCAUAACCUCCGUGCCUUUGCCCUUAACCCACACAACCUCCUCCUUUCCACCUAUUUCCUCAACAUUUAAGGCCGUACCACCCAUAAUGUACCCCUCUCUUUCUAGCCCAUUCUUACCUCUACCCGUAGCCCAUGUAACGUCAUAAAAAUCCUAUCUUCUCUCAGUUCACCCUUCCCCUUCUGUAUCUCACAUAACCUCCUUGCAAAGGUCUCCUUCCUUCUACUCACUCUCUCUACCCCAUCAACCUGUUUCUUGUUCUCUCCCCAUACCAAAGCAUACUCAUUGUCUCUUCUCCCUCCCUUACCUGUGCAUCCCAGCCAACAGAAUCUCCCAAAAUCCCCUUCCUUGCUCCUCCUUCUCUCCUUAACCUCCCAGCCCCACAUAAUCUCCCCCCCUUCCUCCUUCCCCGCCUAACCUCCCCUCGCCUCUUAGCAGGGACCCAGAGGAGUACCUGUUACAACAGAGUGCAGCAGGACAGACAGACGCCGGAGAAAGACUAGUGUGACCGUAUGGAAGCCAAGAGGCGAAGAGCACAAGAAGGAGACUUUGCGCUGCGUCUGGGCUCAACACGCUCUCUUUCCAAAUGUCAAUUUUUUAUUUGGUUUGUUUUUACUUUUAAAAUGUUGUCUUUAUUUUCCAUUUUUCAGCCUACAUGAUAAUAAUUAUUGUAAUUGUUAUAUUAUUAUUAUUAUUGAUGUUGUUAUUAUUAUUAUUUUUCUGUUGUUAUUGGUAUUGAUGUUUGUUGUUUAUUGGAAUCAGACUAUUAAGUGCCUUACUUUGCAAUGUGUAACCGUGUGUGUACACCAAAAGUGACUAAAGUUACCACAGCAACGGAAGUCAUUAUUUCUUUAUGGAGGUCUGGCGAACUUUGUGAAUUCAGUGGGGGCAAAGCCAACUGGGUGACCAGAGCGAAUUUCAGGAGUUAAAAGUCAGUGAAUAUUAUGUAAUGAGCUAUGACAGGGUUCGGCGAAAAUCAAAAGGAGUGUUCAUAUCUUCAAAUGUCCCAAGUUGACAAUCCAGACCCAUUCUGUAAUUAGCUACAGUAAAUCAAACAUGCCGAUAUCAUGGCCAGAGAGAAAAAGCGAGCUCAUGGCGAAGCUUCAUCAAUGACCUCGGCUACCUGGUUUCUUUGGCUGUUUUUGGUGUACACACACAGUAAGAAACCGUUUAUCAAACCGAGUAACCCAUGUGACUGCAGAUGUUACCAAAUCUUUUCUGACUCCCAACAGCAUUCUAAAACUCUUGAAGACUCUGGGGACCCCACCUGGCCUCCCCUAGAUGCAGUCACUCCACACCUGUAAAUCAUUCUAUUGGCCUUCAUAGGACUCACCUGCCUUAUUUAAAGAUGUCAAAACAUAUCCUAGUGCUGACGCAGCCGCAGCAACAAUGUGCAUUAACUACAAAAAACCUUAUACAUUCAAUAAAAACAACUCCAUGUCAGAAUAUCAA